AUGAUAGACAACAUUUUAUCGGUACGUGGCAGUGUACAACACUUCAAGACACGAUGUCGACCAAAGGUUGUGGUCAGCAACGAGUCACACAGACCUGCGCGAACUGUGAUUCAAAUUCAAAUAAUAAUUGUAAACCACAAGUCGAUUCCACAUCGGUGCUUUUGAAUCACACGCGUUGGAAACGCUGUUCGGGAAGUUGUUGGCAAAAACAGCGAGCUACUGCAAGGCUAUAAAAAGAGGAAGUUCGCCGUUGAUGGUUUGAGAUUGAAGUUGAAGGAGUGAUGGUCUCUUGAUAAAUAUCGUCAUGUUUUGUAUAUCAAGAAAUGCCAUUCACACUGAGUUGCCCUCAACAAGAGCCAAAACAACAGGUAUGCCAAGUUCAGCCUCGGAGAUUCACCACCUCGCAGCGUGCACACCGACUGCAGGAUUUCCUGCAAGAGAUCGAGGCGCUCCAGCAAAAGGAACAGCAGGACCAGGCCACGAUCCAAUUUCUCGAAGAGGAGAAGCGGAAGGCUUCGCGCACAUUUACUACUUGGUAACUCUGUUGAAUCAAGAGCGAGAAGAGGUCGACUACAUAAGAAGACUAGCAUCCAAUACGAUAGCACCUGUAAACUAGAUUUUAUUAGGCCUUGUGUGAAUUUCAUCACACCUGAAAGCAGAACAGUCAAAAACUCACAGAGUACAACGAAUAUUUAGCUUAUAUGUACUGACGAG